AUGUUGCCUCGGAAGAGGGGACAGACACCUUCCAGAAUGGCCAUGAGCCAACUGCUCCUGGCAUGUUUCUUACCAUUUCUUCCGAGUGCGUCGUCUCUCCAGCCAGCCCAGCCCGGAGUCUUGCUAGUGUCUUUUGAUGGAUUUCGAUGGGAUUACAUCUAUAGAGUCCCAACUCCCAAUUUUCACUAUGCCAUGGCGAAUGGUGUUCAUGUCAAACAGGUCACUAAUGUGUUUGUAACGAAGACGUAUCCUAAUCACUACACAAUGGUGACUGGGCUGUAUGCAGAAAGCCACGGUAUAGUUGCUAAUGAGAUGUACGAUCCUAUUCUGAACGAAACAUUCUCCAUGAACAAAAUGGAUAUCUAUAACUCCAAGUUCUGGGAAGAAGCCAGCCCAAUAUGGGUAACGAACCAGAGGGAAGGGCAUAAAACAGGAGCAGCGAUGUGGCCGGGAACAGAUGUGAAAAUACAUGGGGUCUUUCCUACCUAUUAUCUGCCCUACAACGAAUCUGUUUCCUUUGAAGAUAGAGUUGCGAGGCUUAUUGACUGGUUUACAUCAGAAGAACCGAUAAACUUUGGUCUCCUGUACUGGGAAGAGCCCGAUGAGAUGGGCCAUUUUCUGGGCCCAGAAAACCCACUUAUGGGACCGAUAAUUAGUGAUAUUGACAAAAAGCUGGGAUACCUUAUGUCUGAACUGAAGAAAGCCAAGCUGUGGGGUGUGAUAAAUGUCAUAGUCACAAGUGAUCAUGGAAUGUCACAGUCCUCCUCGGAAAGGCUCAUCGAGCUCGAUCGGUACGUGAGUAGAGAGCUGUACACCGUCAUUGACCAUUCUCCUGCUGUGGCUAUUUUGCCAAAAGAAGGCAAACUGGAUGAAGUAUAUGACGCCCUGGCCAAUGCUCAUCCCAACAUGACUGUAUAUAAAAAGGAGCAGAUUCCAGAGCGAUUACAUUACAAACACAACCGUAAAAUCCAGCCGCUCUUAGCAGUGGCUGACAAAGGAUGGGAAAUCAUAUAUAAUAAGUCUGAUGGCUUUCAGUUGGGUAAUCAUGGAUAUGACAACACCUUACCAGAAAUGCAUCCAAUUUUUUUGGCGGUUGGGCCUACUUUCAGAAAGAACGCCACCAAAGAAGCCAUGAAUGCUACAGACCUGUACCCCUUACUGUGCCAUCUGCUCGGUAUUAACCCCCUGCCAAACAAUGGUUCAUUCGGCGCCGUGAAAGACAUCCUUGCGGAAGAAGUUCCUGUAGCCUUCGGAGCAGACACCUAUGCUACUGCUGUAGGAGUCUUUCUGGGCAGCUUUCUCGUUAUGGUGUUUAUUGCAGUUUUUGUUAAGCAUUUUAUCCUCACCCAGGCAAAUACAAUGCCAAUGCCACGUACGGAAGCUGCCCAGCCACUGUUGCAAGACUAG